UUUGGGAAUCUUGAAUUUUUGGCCUUCUUCUUUGUUUUCAGCUCUGCACACCUCGAGCUCAGCACAGCGUCUAAUCUGUAUCUAAAGAGCUCAUUUGCUGGGGUUGUAUCAAGUCUUGGACUGGCCGUAACCACGGCGCUAAGGAUGUUACUGCAAAACUAGCGCCGGUUUGGACGCUGUUCCUCUGUUUCUCUUUCUGUUCAUAUAUACCAUCAUCGAUCCAAUCAUAUCAUAUCUCAAUCAUAUCUUAAAGAAUGUCUUCCUCGACCCCUGAAGUCUGGCGACCAGAAGAUACAGUACCCCCAGUUCCAGAAACCCCAGGAUCGGAAAUAUUCCGACCUGACAUCCUGGAUGAAAUCGAGAAGAAGAUCGAAGAGAUGAGCAAGGAGCUCAAUGUGCUUAGCUUGGAUAUCCACGCUCAUCCUGAGUUGAAAUACGAAGAAGCACGAACUCACGACGUUCUAACAUCCUUUAUGUCUGAGCAUGGGUUCAAAGUCGAAAAACACUACCUCCUACCGACGGCUUGGCUUGCAACAUAUAAGCAUGGCUCAGGCGGAAGGACCAUCGGGGUGAACUCUGAAAUGGACGCUCUUCCCGGCGUUGGCCAUGCAUGUGGACACAACCUUAUCGCUAUCUCGGGUGUUGCAGUAGCUUGCGCAAUGAGGGCGGUUCUUGAGCAGUUCAAUAUUUCUGCUACCAUUCAGUUGUUAGCUGAGGAAGGUGGGGGCGGAAAAAUCAAGUUACUAGAGAAAGGCGCGUACAAGGAUAUGGCUGCUUGCCUUAUGUGUCACCCAGCACCAGGCCCGAAAGGAUCCGUAAGCUUAUCCGGUAGCCUUGCUAUUCAGCAACUGACCGUAGAGUAUUUUGGACACACUGCCCAUGCGGCUCUUUCUCCUUGGGAAGGCAUAAACGCUCUCGAUGCCGCAGUCUUGGCUUAUAACAAUAUCUCCGCACUUCGUCAACAACUGAGACCUACGGCUCGGGUGCAUGGAAUAUUCGAAGGAAAAGAUUGGGCUGUUAAUGUCAUUCCGGAUUAUGCAAAAUACAUAUGCUACAUCCGAGCUCCCAACGUGACUGAACUGGAUGAUGUCGUAAAACGGAUAUUGCCUUGCUUCCCCGCUGCAGCACAAGCCACUGGAUGCGAAUAUAAACUCACUUUGGCUGAGAAAUUGACGGAUAUACAUCAGAAUAAGGCACUCGGGGAAGAAGUAGCGAGAAUAGUCAAAAGCCGAUAUGGUGGAAUUGAUUUCGUUUGGGGCAUUGCACAUGCCUCUACGGAUUUUGGGAAUGUAACUUACGAAUUGCCUUCGUUGCAUCCCGGGUUUGCUAUCCCCACUGUCCUUAAUGGCGGGAACCACACCCGGGAUUUUGCAGCAGCAGCGGCAACUGCAACUGCCCACCAAGCGUGCUUGGAUGUAUCUAAGGCACUGGCUGCUACGGGUAUCAGGGUGCUGAUUGACGAUGAAUAUUUUGCUGAGGUGAAAAAGACGUUUGAAGAGCGACAAAGGUUUUGAACAGUCUCAGUUCGGACGAAGUCACAAGACUAUGGAACGCUUCCAAACUUGAACGAUAUCUAGU